AUGGCAGACCACAGCUUCAGAACAAAGCGCAGACGCAGAGAAGCAGAGGCACAAGAGAACGUGAACAAGCUUCUGAAGCUAUCUGAGGAAGAUGUCAUCUACGUCAAAGUCGGCGAGUUCGAGCCCAAGACUUUCCUCGUACACAAAGACGCUUUCUGCAAGCAGUCUCCUUUCUUCAAAGACUUCUGCGAGACGAACAUCAGGCACCACGGACGGUUGGAGCUCAUACUUUCGAGCACCCUCCCUGAGAUCUUCGAGAAGUACAUGAGCUUGGUAUACACCAAACAUCACAAGCUCGAUGAGGCUGCAGAAGCAAGUGAAGGACUGCAAGCUGAACAUCCUCGCUACAAUAAGCGCAAGCUCUACAUCCGCACCAUGGUCAAUCUCUGGUUGACAGAAGCAAACAGCAUCCGCGUCACGCUUGGAGAUCGCAGCAAGGACGCAUGCAUCGUACACGGAGAGAUCAUCCGCGAAAGAUCCGGACUCUUCAGCGCGGCACGCUCGUCUCACCGACCCGAUGAGUGCAUGAAUAUUGAUCUCCCCAACGUACACCCUCAAGUCUUCCAGCAGUAUGUCGACUGGCUGUACAAUCGGUCCACCGAGCUGGAGACAGACCUCAUGGACAUUUUUCACUCCACCCGAAUCGAAGAUUCCGGCUGCAAUCAACUCUACAAAUACGAUGCGAACCAUUCCAAAGUACAUGCGGUGGUAGAUCUCUGGUCCUUAGGUGCUAUGCUCAGAGACUUUAAGUUCCAGGAUCAAGCUAUGCGUAGUUUCUUCCGCCUGAAGACGCCCUGGACGACCAAGUGCAAAGCGUUGCAAGACCAAGUUCUCUACCACUGCACUCCCAACUCUGCUUUACGACGAUUGUUCCUGGACCUCCUAAAUCGUCGCUUGGCAAUUGACAGGGUGGAGGAGGCAGAUAUGGAGAGUUUGCCGAAGGACGUUUUGGUGCAUCUGUUGAAGAGGCCAGCGACCAGGAACUGGGAGUGCGAAGGCGAACAGGUGCUGCAAUCCCCAGAGGUUGAGUCGUACCUUGACAACAUCCAUGAAGGCCAUGAGGAAGUGAGUGGCACAUAG